CGCGUUGCUUUUUGGGUAAUGUAGUUUUCCUGAAAUGGAAUUUUCCGAAAUGUCUAUCCAGUGAGUGGAAAUUUACUGUUUCCUUCCUUAUGUAGUAUGCAGCGCUUUGUCUGCAAUAGGUGGUGUCUUGCCAGCGAACCGUAUGAACCUUCAUUUUUACCUGACAUUCAUAGUGAGAGGGUUGUUAUUGUGAACGUGAUAAUGCCUAUUACUGCAGUACCAACAGGAUAUUUUGGCGAGUUACGACAGGUUAUUCCAUCGCAAAUAUCAGAGAAUAUAAAGGAGUCUUAGUACCCAUAAAAUAUUUAUGCAGUAGUAACAGUAGCAGUAGCAGCUGUAUUACAAACCUGAACAGAGGAACGUAAUGCAGCCUAGUCUGAAGAGACGCACACAUGUAUGAAAGGCAUUACAUCCAUCAACAACUUAGUGCAGCAGUGCUUUAUUUUUCGCUAGUAUUAAUAUAUACAAGCGUUGCAUAAAGUUUUUUUUUUUUUUUUUAAAUGCUGCAAAAUUCAGUGACUGCAGGAUAUAGCCUAUAAAUGUAGACAAAUAUUUGGAAAGUGAUUGUCCACUGAAACACAAAAGGACUACAUGCAUAGUUCAAUUAGUUUCAAAAUAUCUGUAAAGAGCCCACUUUGAAUUUGAGAGGUUUCGGCACAAUGUACAUUUGUAUUUUUGACAACAGUAAAUAUCCCAUAUUUCCACACAUUACGGUUAAUAUUUUUGUUUUGGAGUAAACCCCAAUAAAUACCAAUAACCCACUCAUGAAAACUGUAACGUGUUGCAAUCUGAGGCAAUAACAGACAAUAGUUUGUCUUAUUCAAGAUCACGUAAAAACAUGAAUAUGUGUUCUUGAAGAAGCUGGAAGUGCAACUUUUUCUCUCCCGUGGGCAUUCAUUUUGGCAUAAGGGCUGAAAUUUCAAUUAUGGGGAAUUUUAGAAAAAUAAUAGUGCUAAAAAAAGUCUGUUGAUUAAAAUGACAGUUUAAACUCCCACUGUUACCAAGGAGGCAGCAGUAGGCAGUUUCUAGAUUGUUCCCUGAUCACAAGCCUUACCCUUAAAUCUGAUUAGAAAGUUCCUAUUACCAAGCAGUCAGAUAAGGAGCUUCCAGUAGUUUCUAUGAUUUGCAACAGUUCAUACACUACCAUAACAAACUUAUCUUUUUUACCUGAAUACCCUAAUACCUGUUUGUGGUUAAAAGCUGGAGAAAAACCUGUUAACAGUAGUAAAGUAGCCAGUCGUUAAAAAUUAGGAAACUCCCCUUUGUUAAACAGUCACCCAAAUAUGCAAAUACCUGUAAGAAUGCAAUCUUUAUCCACAUUAAAACUAUAGCCUACUUUUUUCAAGCGCUGUCAUUUCUUAUUUGUUAUUCGUUUUACACAAUUUAUGGAUGGGUUUUACGCUAUUUUAAUUGAUAUCAGUUACUUUAAACAGGAUGGUAAAUUAUUUGCAGUUAUUUAGUCGAGCUGUGUUAGGUGGGUUUGUUAAUUUCCAUCUGCUUUCCCGUUUUUAGCGACAACUGCUCAUAAUACACCCAAUAUGAUUCUCGAGGUCAUGAAACAAAUGGGCCAACUAAUUAACUGGAGCAAUUUCCAGUCGGUGUUUUUGCACCCAAACGCGUCACGGGUGUGUUACACGUGUGGGUGGGGCGAGAAGAGCGGGGCGCUUUGCAUAUAAAGAGUGAAGGCAUCAUCGGCAGACGGACAUCUGGGCUGCUGUCAAACACCGAUAAGACAACGGGUAACCAAAACAGACCUAACGUCAAUUCAAGUCCUUGACAAGUAUCGUGGUUGAGGAAGUCGUGAGCCUGAGCCGUGGACGAGUCUUCAAGAGGCGGUCACUUCUCUUUCAUUCACGUCUCUCUUCUGGUGCGUUCAGGGUCGUUUCAGCAUCUUUAGCGCUUCUGCUAACUCUAGCUCACCAGGUACUUCUACAGUGUCCAUAUAUGUUUUACUGGGUAGCUAUUAAGUCUGUGGAUAAAUGAAUGUAUUCAUACUCCUGUUAUUUUUUAAUCUUAGUGAGUGUAUGGUCACAUGUUGGUGUUUAGCACUGUAAGUCGUGUUUCCGUUGUGCCCUUAAGUGCAUUAUUGACUGUUUAACUGUCACUGUUGAGACUGCAGGCCUAUAUUGUAUUUUAAGACUCCAACAUGACAGAAAGACUUAAACACCUGAGUAAUAUUAAAAGUCGGACUUAACUGAUAAAUAUACAAAGAGGGGUCCCACAGUGCACCUAUACGAGCUAGCACUGAGCAACAGCAGCUCCUUGAAGAUGCGCAGUUUCUGUAGCCGGAUGAAUGAGUUUGUGUUCUCGAAAUUUCCUUGCGCCCUAAAGGUGCUCGCCUGCGUGCGCUUCACGCCCGGUAGUGUGGACUGAUGUCUCCUCUCUAUUCAGACCCAGUCUCUGGCUGUCAGCCACAUCUGGCCAUUAAGUAAAGCAUUGUCCUGUCAUGUUUAGGUAUGGAGUCAGUCGACCUUACCUGCAGCCCAGCCUGCAGCUAUUAUACUCAUUUAUAAUGGAAAAGAAAGGUUAAGCAGAUGAGGUUAACUCAAGAGAUCUGUUCGUUUCUAACAUCUGUUUUUUUCAUUGUUUGUUUGUUGUACAAAAUUAAGAAGUAGGCUUGCAGGCUCUUUGUUGCACUUGGUAUUAAGUUGCAUGGUCUUUGCUUCCCACAGUCUUAAGUUUAUGUUCCUCCUGAGAUUAAGUCAUGUUUGGGCACGUUUGACUUGCAAUUAUUGUAGCUGUCACCAGCUCAUCUUAUUAAUUUUCUCAUAGCAGAGAUUAAAUUAACUAUCAAACAUUGAUCCUGUCUUGUACAGAUGAAUUACAUUGGUGAAAGCUAGUGCCCCUGUGGAACUGGUAGCACUGUGGUUUUUUUAUUAUUUGGCAGUGACUUGAGAGAAAGCUCUACAAGUAGGUCUUGACAUACCAGGAUGCAAGUGAUUGUAUUUUAAUUUAAGUUUAUGUAACUUUGAGGAUAAAUACUAUUGAAUGACAUUGCAGUAUUUCAGGACCACAGUCUCUUGGGUAGUUUAUGAUGAACACAUGGUGAAGUCCUUGAUGAUGAGAUGGUAAAAUGAAAACAAAGACUUCUCUGAUCGAGCUGGAUACUUAUGCAUAAAGCCUAUUUGUGGAGAUGAAUGCGUGGGGUGAUUUUCUACAACUCAUGGCAGGCUAAAACCCCAAGAGAGAAAAAGUGUGUGUCUGUGUGUCUGACAGACAGACACAAAAGAGAUGUUACACAGGAAUUCAGUUUUAUUAGUUAUAUCACCUCUGUUUAGGAGGUACUAUUGCCUUUUCAAAAUCAGUGGUCUAAUUUUGUAUGAACCAAUAAAAGUUCAAUUAAAUUGCUUUUAAUUGUUGAUCCAACUUGUAGAAAAUGAUAGCAGUACCUAAAUACAAUUGUUAUAACAAUCAAUAAUCUAGAAAUGUUUCCCCUGUAGAUUUGUAAAUGAGAGUUAAAUACUGAACUGAGUGCCCUUCAUGUGAAGCAUCUGUAAGUUUGUGGUCCAAAUUAAUUGUUUUUAAAAAUCAAUUUAAGGUUUACAGUGCAACAAAUUUAGAUGUCUGCAUUGAUAACUGUGUGAUUUCUGGAAUAAAAAAGACAGUUUUUGAAUUGGUCCAAAUUUGUGUGAUUUCAUCAUUUACUGAUACUCUUCUUUAAACUUUGUAUUUUACUCAUGGUUUAACUGUCAGGUGCUGUUUUCUAAUAUUGCAGCAUAUUUAUUUUCAGACGUUGUCGUCAUAAAGAAGUGCAAGAUAUGAAGAUGAUACAGUCCAAAUCAGUAUCAAGUGAUGUCCCAACAGCAUAAUCCUUGGCUGCAUAUUUUUGAUCCCUCUUGACUCCUCUUGGUCUGUUACAUAACGUCGCUAAGCUUUCUUUGAAGUUUUGACAGUGGCGUGGCUUAACUUCUUUGUGUUAAAAAAUGAAGGAGGAAGGUCACUGGAAGCCAAACAACUAGGGCUUGUGAAAUGCUGCAGUGUUGAAAACAGACGAAUGGAAUUUGUCAAUGUGUAUUUUUGGUUAAAUGCCCAAUUUAUCAUGAUUUUCUGGAGUGGUUUGAUGCUUGUUGUGCUAAAACUGUCUUGAACCUUGUCUCCUGUUUUUGUCUUCAGAGAGGUUGUUGUAUUCGUUGGGUGUUUUCCCUCAAAUUAAGGCUCUAAUGAGGUGUUUUUCUUUGUCUUUGCUGUCUUGCAGGAAUGUUAACUCUAGGCUUUUCUAGACCAGAGGCCCACUGCAUCCUCCUCUAAAACUAGAACGUCCUCAGUGCCGGUGGAUAACCCCAUCCGAAGCACACCUAGUGAAUUUGACCUGACGGUGGAUACUGCAGCUUCCAUCCAGACAGCAAACCAAAGCAGAGCAUUGCUCUUUUUUUAAUUACUUAAUCAAAAACUUUGACUAUUUGAUCAAUCCUUUUUCUGGAGGAUUUAUCUUGCCGUAAAAUUUCCAGAUAACCUGUAAAAAUGGGUCCUGGAAUGGAGGCAGCGGACAUUGCUGUGGUGGCACUUUACUUUGUUGUGGUGCUUGUCAUCGGGUUUCUUGCCAUGUGGAAAGCCAAUCGCAGCACUGUGAGUGGCUACUUCCUGGCUGGACGCUCAAUGACAUGGAUAGUGAUAGGUGCAUCGCUCUUCGUCAGCAACAUUGGCAGUGAACAUUUCAUAGGCCUGGCUGGGUCGGGAGCUGCAAGUGGCCUUGCCGUUGGAGCAUGGGAAUUUAACGCACUUUUUCUUCUGCAGCUGCUCGGCUGGGUGUUUAUCCCUGUGUAUAUCCACUCCGGAGUGUACACCAUGCCUGAGUACCUGUCAAAACGCUACGGGGGCCACAGGCUAAAAGUUUACUUUGCUUUGUUGUCUGUGUUACUCUACAUUUUUACCAAGCUCUCUGUGGAUUUAUAUGCUGGAGCCCUCUUUAUUCAGGAGUCCUUAGGGUGGAAUCUUUAUCUGUCUAUUCUCCUGCUCAUCAGCAUGACUGCUUUGCUAACCAUCACUGGUGGCCUGGUUGCAGUGCUCUACACUGAUGCACUCCAGGCAGUGUUGAUGAUUGGUGGAGCCCUAACCUUAACCAUCAUGAGCCUGAUUCAAGUUGGUGGGCUUGAGGGUGUCAGAACUAAGUACAUGCAGGCCGUUCCCAAUGUCACUGCAAUAGUGGCUGCUGGAAACUACACCUACUCUCCUUCCUGCCGCAUUACGCCCAAACCAAACUCUCUGCGCAUGCUUCGAGGUCCCCUGGAUGAAGAUAACCCGUGGCCAGGCUUCAUUCUCGGCCAGACUCCAGCUUCAAUUUGGUACUGGUGUGCAGACCAGGUCAUUGUUCAGAGAGUCCUUGCAGCAAAGAACAUCGCCCACGCCAAGGGCUCUACCCUCAUGGCUGGUUUUCUAAAGGUCCUGCCCAUGUUCGUGAUAGUCAUUCCAGGGAUGAUUUCUCGCAUCAUGUUUGCAGACGAGAUUGCCUGCAUUGGGCCAGAGCACUGCAUGGCUGUGUGUGGUUCUCAGGCUGGCUGCUCAAACCUUGCAUACCCACGCCUUGUCAUGGCGGUGAUGCCUGUGGGACUCAGGGGUCUGAUGAUGGCAGUCAUGAUUGCUGCCCUGAUGAGUGAUCUUGACUCCAUUUUCAACAGUGCAAGUACCAUCUUCACCCUGGACAUCUACCAAACUUUUCGAAAAAAGGCUUCUCAGCGGGAGCUUCUCAUUGUGGGCCGCAUUUUUGUUAUCUUCAUGGUGGGAAUAAGCAUUGCCUGGGUCCCUGUUAUAAUUGAAAUGCAGGGUGGACAAACAUACCUCUAUAUUCAGGAGGUUGCUGGCUACCUAACUCCACCAAUUGCAGCCCUCUUCCUGCUCGGUGUGUUCUGGAGACGGUGCAAUGAGAAGGGUGCAUUUUGGGGAGGCAUGACAGGUUUCACACUCGGCACCUUACGACUGAUCCUAGCUUUCACCUACCGCCAGCCUCGCUGUGACCAGCCUGAUGACAGGCCUGCCUUCAUAGUUAAAGUCCACUACAUGUAUUUUGCAGCUGGGCUUUUCUGGAUUUCAGGGCUGGUUGCUGUGGUGGUCAGCCUUUGCACCACUCCACCAGAUGAUGAGCAAGUUCGCACGACUACAGUAUGGGGGCUUCGCUACGUUGAGAAAGUUCCUUGUAAGGAUCGUGAUGAAAUGCACAGACUUACUGAGAAAAAUCGCAGCAAUGGAGAUGAAAUCCUUCACAAGGAAAUGCCACCAGACAUUAGAAAGGAGAGGCAUCUAGAUGGAGCAGACAUCAAGCUCCUGGUGCCAUCCACUGACCACGACCCAGCAACGCCAAGCACAGAAACAUCCCCUGCCACCAUCCCUGCAGAACGCUACGGUAAUGGAAGGAUGGAGAUGGUCGGGGCAGAAGAAGGAUGUUAUAUCGAUGGUACAAGAAGCAAGUGUUUGCGUUUACUGGGAUGGUGUUUUGGAGGCAGAGAAGGGUCGCAGAGUGCCCCUCAGAAAGUAGUGCAGGACGACAGAAGAAUCAUAGCAGAGAUGCUGUACGAACCACCCACGGUUAAGAUUCUUCUCAACAUUGGCCUGCUGCUUGUCUGCUCCGUGGGCAUCUUCAUGUUAAUUUAUUUCUCUUUUUGGUGGAGCCCUGCACCCAACUAACAAGGACUGAUAUUUUUAUUUUAUUUUUAUAAAGAUGGAGGUGAUAUUAAGGGUUAGGAGUUGUUGCAAACAACAGUUGAAUUUUCAGAGAUUUGGGAAGCUCUGUCUGUAAUAUUUACAGUGGUAUUUUUUUUUUAGCUCUCUAACAGGGAUUUAAGCUUAUUCUAGUCAUUUUUUAAAUGAUGAAGCCUUUCCACAUAGAAAAAUUGUAUUCUUUCUGACUAUGAAGCCUAAUUGGCACAGGCAUAUCUAUUUUGUACAGGGCUUGCUAAUCCUGCAUUCAGAAUAUCUACUGGAAAAUUUUUAGACUUGUACUCAAAGUAAGCAUUAAUAUUUGCCUUAUUUUACAUAUGCACUUGUCUCUCUGUAUGGAGAAAAAAACAACAUUUGUCUGUGAUUUGAGCGUUUCCUCCAUUCAUAUUGACAGUAAUUGUGAAUUCUGUUGCUUGUGUAGCAUACGUGUUUCUGAAGUAACUCAAAAGGUGUUUUAGUUGAUAGGUCAUGACUUCUUGUGAUAGUUUCUGUCACUGGACACAGUAUAAUUGCUGCACUACAUGAGUAUAAUUUCAAGAAAUAUCACGUAUCUGUUGCAGAAAUAUAUCUGACUUUUAGUUCUUAAGUGCCCAUAAUGGCGUUUGUUGACAUGAGCCAAUAUUAAGUGCUAAGCUGCAUUGCUUGUAUAUGACCACAGUAAUAGUGAGAGUUAUCAUAAUGACUGGUUUCAGUAGGCCUUCUGAUGUUUUUCAAUGAAAAUUCAAGUUUAGAGUGUAAGAAUGACAGUUUUCUGGAGCACAGAAAAGAGAGGCACUUGAUUAAUAGCUGUUGUACAUUUUAAAACCCUCUUAAAAAUGGUAAUACCGUAUGAUACAUAUAAAGCAUCUUCACUUACACAUCUGUUCAGUUUGUCACUGAUGACCAGAUGCAAGUUUUUCGACUGGAGUUGUAUUUUAUUUUUGUAUUCUUGGAUGAUUUAUAUGUUGCGUAUUAGACUACUGUGUUUCUGUUAUAAAUAAUAUUUCUGUGACUGUUAUGUGUUAUACUUCCAAAACAACAAACAGCUUUUUAUGUGUUACUAUUGUAUCACAAAAAAUACCAAUGCCCUGGUUCAGUGUGAUUUUUUUAUACGUUUAACAGUUCAGUUGUUGAAAAGUGUGCUGAGUCUGUUGCAUUAUGUUAACAGUGUGUGAAUUAAAUUUCAGGGCUAUUUGGAUCAUUCCAACAUGAUUUCUUUCCAUAGUGGGCCAUCUAUUGUGUAUCUACUGUCUGUAUUUCUACCUUGAGUGCACUACAGUUCUGAAAUGUCAUUUAAUCUUCUUUCAAGUGCAUCUUUUAUAGACUUCCUGCCGACUGUGUCUUAGUGUGCAAUGCUUAAGUGAAAAAGAAGUCGAAACAAAACAAACAAAAAAACAGAGUUGAGUUGUAUGCUCUUUGAACUGUACAGUGAUUACAACAUUUGUUUAAAAGCAUCUUAUGAAUCAGCUGUGUCAUGUAGUAUAUUUUAGCUUUCUAUCAAUAGAGAGUGGUAAUGCAUAGCAGUAACAACAUUUCAGACUUCUUUUUUUGCAGAAUAAGCACAUUCACUGAUGAAUUCAUGCCCAACAUGAUACUGAUAAACUCAUUCAGGGGCCGGACAUUUCCCAAAUUUAAAGAUAGAUUACUGUGUUUGUUCACACACUUAAAUUAUCAGCAGUGUUGAUUGACUAAAUUCCUAAACAUCAGGGCCAUUAUGUGAUGGUUCAGUUCUCACAAAAAUCAUAAAUGAUGCACAAUGAAAUGAUGAAUGAUAUGUGGUGGUUUCUAUAUGUGAAAGAGCUUUAAAAACUUUGGCUUUUUUUCUGACAGAGUACACAUUGUUAUUUUUAUGGAUUUUAUUUUUAGAGACAGAAAUAAAGUUUCUGUGGAGACAAAAACAUUUCUCGUUCUUUCUCUUGUUCUGAGCUGUUGUACAAUAAACACAAACAUACACUUUGAUUUUAAAAUGUCAUUGCCUGAUAGGCUUUUCAUUUCUUACAGAGUUGUGG